UUUAAAUGUUCGCUCAAUGACACUGCAACUAGGCCGUGACGAUGCCCGCCACACGGUUACCAAUCCCUGCAGAUCAUAACAUACAAUCAAGUCGGUUCCGGUGGAGGCUAGCAUGUGGAAAACUUUGAACUCGUUCUGGUUUUUGGUCAUCUUUCUAAACCAAAAAGCAGCCGGGUACUUUUACCAUCGUCUUAAGUCACGGGAAGGCAGUGAUUGUAUUGGAAGGCUCAGUCCGAGGAUUGCACACAAAUUUUGCAAAAACAAAUCUUGUAAAACCAUCAAGGAUUGUACGAACCCGAAACAUAGCUGCAUCUGUAACGAAGACUGUGGAAGAGUGUGUAUAGAUCCAAUUUCUACAUGUACAACUGGUUGGUGCCUGAAUGGAGGAGCGUGCUCGAUCGUCAAUGGUUCCACGCAUUGCAGCUGUCCUUCUAAUUUUACUGGGAAGCGAUGUGAASUUGAUGUUGAUGAGUGUUCAACGCUAUCUCAACCAUGCAAGAAUGGAGGAACAUGUACCAAUAUAAUUGGUGGAUAUUACUGCARAUGUAYCACUGGUUGGGAAGGCUCAGAUUGUUCUAUUAACAUUGAUGAAUGCAAGAAUGAUGAUGGGUAUCCAGUUUGUCAGCAUGGUGGAACUUGUGUUGAUAGAGUGGGAUCUUACAAGUGCAUAUGCCCUCCUGGGAAGACGGGUCUUAUUUGUCAAUUCGAUGACAAGUGUGCAUCAAGUCCAUGCAGUGGUAAUGCAACUUGUUUAACAUCUCCAUUUGGGGAGGCCAUUUGCAUGUGCUCAAGUGGAUGGACUGGGCCAAAUUGUGAUAUUGAUGUCCAGGACUGCAAUAUAGAUCAAUCUCCCUGUGGCAAUGGGGGGACAUGUAGAGAUAUACCUGGUAGCUAUGUAUGUGAUUGUGUUCCAGGAUUUACUGGAAGUCGAUGUGAAAUAAAUAUUGAUGAAUGUGCAUCUAGCCCAUGCAAAAAUGGCAUUUGCUUGGAUUAUUACAAUAAAUUCCAGUGUGCUUGUCACCAAGGCUGGACUGGACGAUUAUGUGAAGCUGAACUGAAUGAGUGCGAGAGUAAGCCAUGUCUCAAUGGAGGCCAGUGCCACGAUAAAAUGGCAAACUACAGUUGUACAUGUUUGCAAGGCUAUUCAGGAAGAAACUGUGAAAUUGACAUUAAUGAAUGUGAAUCGUCACCUUGUCAAAAUGGUGCAACUUGCCGGGAUCUCGUUGGGAAAUAUACUUGCUCUUGCCCACCUGGAUUUGCUGGAGAAAAUUGCCAAAAUAACAUCAACGAGUGUGCAUCGAUGCCUUGUCAUAAUUUGGGUUCAUGUGUUGAUGGGAUCAAUGAAUAUUCUUGUAAAUGUCAUGGUGGCUACACUGGSAAAAACUGCCAAAUCGAUAUUGACGAAUGUGCAAGCAGCCCUUGCCAAAAUGGAGGAACAUGUCAUGAUAAAGUUAAUGGUUAUACUUGCCAUUGUCCACUGGGAGCUUCUGGGGACCAUUGUGAGUAUGAUCCUGAUGAUUGCCCUCCUAAUGCCUGCAAAAAUGGCGGACAAUGCAUAGAUGGAGUAAACAGCUACUCCUGUAAAUGCCAUCCAGGAUUCUCUGGCUCACAUUGUGAUGUCCAGAUUAAGUAUUGCUCAUCYGCACCAUGUAGAAAUGGUGGAGCUUGUAUUGAUGGGAUUGCAGAGUAUCAGUGCCACUGUCCAACAGGUUACACAGGACGGAAUUGUGAGACAAUGAUUGACAGUUGCGUUGGUCACUCUUGCCGUAAUGGAGCCUCCUGUGUCAGUGUGUCAGCAUAUAGCUACACUUGCACAUGCCCACCUGGUUAUAGUGGCCAGUACUGCGAAGARGAUAUUGAUGAGUGUGCUUCAAAGCCAUGCGUUUCUGGAACUUGUGUAGAUGGUGUAAAUAAAUUCAUCUGUCGUUGUAAUCCAGGGUACACUGGGGAUAGAUGCCACAUCAAYAUUGAUGACUGUCAGUCCAGCCCUUGCGUCCAUGGAGGAACAUGUAUCGAUGGUGUCGACCAGUACACGUGCAAAUGUCCCAAUGGUUUCUCUGGCUCCAGAUGCGAGAUUCACCUUAAUGAGUGUCGAUCACAUCCAUGUAAACAUGGUGGUACUUGCAUUGAUAAAAUCGGCUCAUACAGCUGUUACUGCCCACCGGGAUACACAGGGACCAAUUGCCAGUACCCUAGGAACAGAUGUCAGAACAACCCUUGUCGUAAUGGUGGAACAUGCCAAAGAACUGGCGUAGACUUGUCUGAUUUCCGGUGCAUUUGCAAAAGUCGGUACAGAGGUACAAUAUGCGAUGUGGAGGAAUUAUCAUGUGCUGCAGCCGGGACGACGUGCUAUAAUGGGGGUACAUGUGUUGAUGAUUCUAAGGGCAUUCAAUCUUGUAACUGCAAGAAAGGCUUCUCUGGAAGCUAUUGUGAAAUAAAUGAUAACGAUUGUGCUAACGGCCCUUGUAAAUAUGGAGCAUCGUGUGCAGAUGGGGUAGCCAACUAUACGUGUACUUGCCAAAAAGGAUUUACUGGUCCAAAUUGUGACAUCAAUAUCAAUGAGUGUGCAACUAAUCCAUGUGUUCGUGGUACUUGCACUGAUCUUGUUGAUGGUUUUUUGUGCAACUGCCCGAAAGGCUACGUAGGCGCUCGUUGUGACAGCAACCCAAAUGAUUGCUUUGCUACCGCUUGCUUUAACGGUGGUACAUGUAAAGAUGGCAUUGCAAGUUAUCAGUGCUCCUGCAAACCUGGUUACACUGGAUCAAGAUGUGAGAUCGAUGUAGACGAAUGUGCUUCGAAUCCUUGUUCAGGAAUUGGUACGGAGAAGUGCUUCAAUCUAGUCAACAGUUACCAUUGUCAAUGCAAACGCGGAUUUCUUGGAAAACAGUGCGAGAUUAACAUCAACGAGUGCCUUUCAUAUCCAUGCCUUAACGGGGGAACAUGCAAAGAUGGCGCUGGUUCGUUUACAUGUCUGUGUCCUCAGGGUUUUACGGGCGAAAACUGCGAACGGCGAGUGUACUCGUGUAGUGAUUCACCUUGCGAAAAUGGAGGUACAUGCCAUAAUUAUAAAGGCUCAUACAAUUGUACGUGCAAGCCUGGUGUCUAUGGAAUACAUUGUGAAUGGAACAAAGAUGACUGUUUAUCUGACCCGUGUCAAAACGGUGGAACAUGUGUUGAUGGAUUUAGGAGUUAUACCUGCAAGUGUCCACGUGGGUAUACUGGAAAUCGCUGUCAGACCAGUGUCAAUGAAUGCCAGAGCCAGCCGUGCCAAAACGGUGGCAAGUGCAGAGAUCUUGUUGGUGGAUACAAAUGUGACUGUCCGGCCAAGUUGGUGGGUAAGAACUGUGAAGUGUUGGUGAAAGAUAAGUGCUUACACAAAGACUGUGCCAAGAGCUUUGAUGGAGGCAGAUGCGUGCAAAAGUGCAAUAACUACGAGUGUAAUUGGGAUGGUACAACAUGUUCUCUGGGAAUCAAACCGUGGUCGAACUGCACAACCAUCACAAAAUCGGGCAAAGCCUGUUAUGAGGUCUUUAACAACGGCCAUUGUGAUCAAGAAUGUAACACCGGAUCUUGCCUUAUGGAUGGCUUUGAUUGCAAAAAGCCCAUUCCUUCCUGUCCUCGCAAUGCGUUCUGCGCACCCCGUUUUGCGGACACCAGAUGCGACAAGGUUUGCAACAUCCCUGGCUGCUUGGAUGACGGUCUUGACUGCAAUGUGGACGUACCCAAGCGGGUUGAAGGCACUCUUGUCAUUGUUCUUCUAGUGACACCUAAAGCCUUCUUGAACGGAUCGCGGGCGUUCAUGAGGGAGCUUUCAAGAGUUCUUAACACUAUAACUUUUGUAAAAAGAGAUGAGAACGACAGGCCAAUAGUAAAACCCUUUCCUUUGCCGCCCUCUGCACCUGUACCAGUCGACAGAAAGAGAAGGUCAGCAAAAGAUAUUUUGUAUAUUGAUGUGGACGACUAUAGAAGUGGACGCUCUAGACGUGCCAGCAAUGCAAAGAACGGAGCUGAAGUACACGUGGAAAUGGACAACAGAGCAUGUAAAGAUAAUUGCUUUGAUAAUGCAGGAAAUGCUGCGAAAUACCUUGGCGCCUUAGCUUCUCAUGAAGAUUUGAAACUACCAUACGGCAUUUAUUCAGUACAAAGUGAAGACAAGCCCACGCAAGAACCCAAAACAACGUUCAAGCCAAGUCCAUUGUGGAUUGCCAUUCUCUGUGUUGGAAUUCCUCUGUUCAUCGUUGGUGUUUUGGCUGGUGGAAAGAGAAUGUACACCAAACUUUGGCUGCCCGAGGGCUUUCCUCCUAGACUCAUUCACCAAAGAAGAUCGUUAAGGCGGGAGCCUGUCGGGCAAGAAGUAUCAAUGAGGUCUAUGAACAAGAGCUCGACCAAUUUAGAAGAAGAAGGUGCGGUGGGUGGCGGUACUUUAUCCAACCGCUCAGAUCUUACACCACCUAGCGAGGCCAGGGAUAGCAAAAGGGUCAAGCUUGAAGAUCAAGAUUGUAAGGAAGUCGGAAGCGUGGAAAAGGAUAUGCGAAAGUGGACAAGACUUCACAAGGAAGCUGCUGAUGUCAAUGUACGUAACUGCUCUGCUCUAACGCCACCACAAGAAGGCGAAAGAGGGGUGGAUAACAGCGUUGACGCCCGAGGUCCCGGGGGAUUCACGGCACUUCAUCUUGCCUCAUGUCGAGGGACACUAUUAGAUGGAUGCAUUGACGAUGAUAAAGAUAGYGACGACAGUGGUGGUAUCAUGGUGUCGGACUUGCUUUCUCUUGGCGCGAGUUACGGCGCAAAAACCGAUGAAUUCCAAGAAACACCUCUUCACCUUGCAGCGAGAUAUUCUCGGGCUGAUGCUGCCAAAAGGCUUCUUGAUGCUGGUGCAGAUCCUAAUGCUAAGGACCGCCUUGGGAGAACGCCAUUACAUUUAGCCGUGGGAUCUGAUGCUCAGGGCGUGUUCCAGAUUCUCCUUCGAAACAGAGCCACGGAUCUUGAAGCGCGCAUGGACGACGGCACCUCCCCUCUCAUCCUAGCAGCACGGUUCGACCUCGUUGAUAUUGUCCGAGACCUCAUCAAAGCGGGAGCCAAAGUGAAUAAUACAGAUAACAAAGGCAAGUCGGCAUUACAUUGGGCCGCCUCCGUAAACAGUCACGAAGUCACUGCUGAAUUGACUAAAAAUGGAGCGAAAAAAGAUCUUCAAGAUGAAAAGGGUCAAACUCCAUUGUUCCUCGGUGCACGCGAGGGAAGCCUUGAAGCAGUUCGCAUAUUACUCGUGAACUACGCRAACCGCAAUAUCGCAGACAACAUGGAUAAAACACCAGAAAGUAUCGCUAGACAAAAGAUGCACCACGAUAUUGUACAACUACUGACAGACUGGUCGCUGGGCUGCGGAAACUCGCCCAAAGCAGCMCCAGCACCGACGUCUCCACCAGAUCACAAGUCGCCAAUUAAUGGAACGACCUCUCCUCCAUGUUUAGAGCAUUUGCAAAACGGCAAUGCGGUUGUCACACAUUUUCCACUUACAACUUCCGCAAGACCUAAGAUGUCGUCAACGAGUUCAAAUAAUGCUCGAGGUGCUAGAUCAAAGACKGGUGUUAAUGGCGGCGCCAAGAGAAAAAGAAGAAGACAACCUCGAAAGGAUGAGGAAGCUAACACUGAUAGCAGUAGUAGUAGCUCUAACACGAGAAAACCAAGCGAGAGCACUACUGUUUAUUCACCACAAGAAAAGCAACACUCRCCUUGUAGCAGCGGGGCGACUUUCUCUCCAAACUACAUGUCUUCCGUUGCGAACGGGUUCUCUCCCCAGGGUAGCUCAGGCACRGGGAUUUCCCCUUCAAAUUCAACAACUUUGUCACCUCCGCAAGACACUGGUUCUCCACCAGUGUUCACAGACUCRCCGUUUGACGAUGUCCUCGGCGAUAAUUACGAUUUAGAUGAAUUUCAAGGCAUCGACUUUGAUGACAUUAAUUUAAAUGAUCCCGAACUUUCUACAGACUUCGGUCCUGCAGACUGUGGCGUAGUGCCCGACACUUUAUCGAUGUCGUGCAUGCUGCCGACAACUGUUACGACAAUUGGCGAUGAAAUCAAUAAUACGUCGGACUGUAUGUAUCAUCCGGCACGACCACAACGGCGGGAAUAUAGCUCGGGUAUGAGGCUUUCGACGGCUCAAAGCAGCCCGAAUCUUCACUAUAAUGUGGACAAUGAGCCACGGCGUUUAACUGUAGUACCGGACAGAAAUGUUACAACUGUAGCUCAACGUAURCAAAACGGAUAUCCAUCAAAUAUCAGAGCCAUCCAAGCAUGCGCAAUGUCCAACGGUAUGGUUCAUUCAUCGAGAAAGGACUCGUACAACAAUCAAAAUCAAUUAUACCGACACAUACAACAACACCCGAAUAAUCUGGUGUACAACGAGAAUUAUCCUACGCCUCCAUCAGUUCAUUCCUUUACGACGUACGAUUCCUCGCCGCAAAAACUACCCGUCAGUUAUUUGACACCAUCGCCGGACUCGCCCGAGGAGGGGUGGUCAUCGUCUCCACAUUCGCUGAACUCUGAUUGGUCGUGUUAGGACACGUGAACAGUACCCAACAAUGUGGGGGUGAGAGUCGCAUAAUAUUCRUAUCCUAUAAUAUUAUCCACUGCAUAUAUGUACAGAAGCAAAGAUAUAGAAAACUAUAUAUUAUAUAAGACUAACUAGAAGUUAGUGUUUCUGAUGUAAAAAGUAACGCAAAGAGUUACUUAUCUAUAAAUGAAAUCAGAAACAUUUUAUACUUGUAGGGGAUAGACAUUUUGAAUGUAGAAUAUCUUAUUGUCCAUUUUUUAUCCACAUAUUUUAUUUUUUCGGCUCGAGAUCUCAUUUUGGUAAAUGAGGUGAAAGAUUUUACUUGCAAAACAUGUGAUUUUGUGAGUUUUUUUCACCUUUAUAGGGUUAUAAAGUAAUAUUAUUUAUAUACAGUACUAAGUAUUCGUACAGUACACUACAGUAGUGCUGAGGGCUUUUAUUUCGUUUAAUUUUUUUUACGUCGUUUUUAUGUCGUGGGCWAUAUAUUUAAAACACAAUUCGCACCAAAGCUAUACAUAUGAUUUCUAUAUGACCUGUGAUAUUACGGGUCUUAAUCAGCGAAAAAUAAGAAAAAUAUUAAAUCGAUUUAUAGAAAUUAAGAAUUUUAAAACAAAGAAAUUAGAUUAGAUUUUAUCGAUGUUCAAUGCACAACCAUGUAUGCAAGCCAUGUACUUCAUGUAAACACAACCGAAAUGCCUCGUGCUGUAUUGUUCGAUUAUAUAUAGCAUAAGGCAUUUCAAUGCAACUUACAUGAAUGACUGRCCCACCGGUAGAGUAAAAUAUUGUCGUGAUCUGUUUUCCCCCAAAUACAGAUAAGCAUAUUAUUGUUUGUCCUGAAGAGUUCUACUCGAUUGAUAAUCUAUAGAUCUUCAAGAUAAUUCCGCCGUAUAAAUUGAGUGAACCUGAACUGAAACAGUGUUGCUUUGCGUAAGUUGUGUCGCGUUGCGUAUCAAAGACACGCGUAAGASACAGACCUUCAGUUCAGAUUCUUUUCAAUGAUGGCCAUAUAUACUAAAUAUACAUCCGUUGUAUUACUGUUGAAUGUUAAACGUUCUUACGUACUGCCAAUACGGGCAAAAUUGAGUGAAAGUAAGCAGUUUAAUUUACGUAGCUUAAUUUACGUAGCUUUCGGGUUACCUUUGGGAAAAGAGAACAAAGACAACGCAGAAAAAAGCAGUUUUGUUCCGUUUUCCCAAGCACAAAGCUUUGUCUACAUGACAACUCAACGUUKAGUUUAUAUUUAGUAGUAACUUAUAAUUGACCUUGGUUUUAACAUGUUUAGUUAACUUUGAGUUCUUUACUCUUGAAAGGGGAAAUUCAGCAGUUCUUCAGCUGAAAAGAGUAACGAAAUUAAUCUAUAGCGAUAAUAUAUUUUUUACGAUUUUAUGGUAAAACUGAUUCUAAAUAAGGAUAAUCGCCGUGUAAAUACUAUGUACAUUGUACGAAAUUCAAACGAGCCAACUUUGAAAUAAAAUAUCAACAAUGUGAAGAAAUUAA